AUUUCCUGCUCCGCAGCGGAAGGUAGAAGAUUGGAGCCGUUGGGUCGGACGUGAUCUGAAGGAGCUGAGAGCGGAAGGCACGAGUGCAGAGCGCGGAUUUCCGAGCGCGGAAAGAACCGGCGCUAUGGGCGGGGAGCAGGAAGAGGAGCGUUUCGAUGGCAUGUUGCUGGCCAUGGCGCAGCAGCACGAGGGUGGCGUGCAGGAGCUUGUGAAUACCUUCUUCAGCUUUCUUCGACGCAAAACAGACUUUUUCAUUGGAGGAGAAGAGGGGAUGGCGGAGAAGCUCAUCACUCAGACCUUCAAUCAUCAUAACCAGCUGGCACAGACAGCCCGGCGGGAGAAGAGAGCCCGGCAGGAAACUGAGCGACGGGAGAAGGCUGAGCGCGCUGCCCGAUUGGCCAAGGAAGCCAAGACAGAGGCCCCUGGACCCCAGAUCAAGGAGCUGACCGAUGAGGAGGCGGAGCGACUGCAGUUGGAGAUUGACCAGAAAAAGGACACUGAGAAUCAUGAGAACCAGCUCAAGAAUGGCAGUCUUGACUCACCUGGGAAGCAGGAGGCGGAGGAGGAUGAGGAGGAAGAUGAAAAAGACAAAGGGAAAAUGAAGCCCAACCUUGGCAAUGGGGCCGACCUGCCUAACUACCGCUGGACCCAGACCCUGUCAGAGCUGGAUCUGGUGGUACCCUUCCAUGUGAACUUCCGGCUGAAAGGGAAGGAUGUGGUGGUGGAUGUCCAGCGACGGCACCUCCGGGUGGGGCUGAAGGGGCAGUCAGCGAUCAUUGACGGAGAGCUCUACAAUGAGGUGAAGGUGGAGGAGAGCUCAUGGCUCAUUGAGGAUGGCAAGGUGGUGACAGUGCAUCUGGAGAAGAUCAACAAGAUGGAGUGGUGGAACCGCUUGGUGUCCAGUGACCCCGAGAUCAAUACUAAGAAGAUCAACCCUGAAAACUCUAAGCUGUCAGAUCUGGACAGUGAGACCCGCAGCAUGGUGGAGAAGAUGAUGUAUGACCAGCGACAGAAGUCCAUGGGACUACCCACCUCUGACGAGCAGAAGAAACAGGAGAUUCUGAAGAAGUUCAUGGAUCAGCAUCCAGAGAUGGAUUUUUCCAAGGCCAAAUUUAAUUAA